AAUGUCCAUUGCUGUUGUUUGAGUCAGAUCUUUGUGAAGGUGGAAAAAAAAAAAAAGAAAGAAAGAAGAGUGAGUUUCAUUAGCCAUGGUGCUGCAAUUUGAUCCCAAGUUUCUAACAUCCAUUGCAUGGGUUGGUUUUGCUGGAUUGUUGGUUCUUUUGUACAAUAAUCUUGUGGUGAAGCCAAAGAGGAUUAGAUCAAAGCUAAGUAAUCAAGGUAUAAAUGGUCCAACUCCAACUUUUUUGCUUGGAAAUAUUAGGGAGAUCAUGAAAGCUUGUCAACUCAUCAUCACUACUUCAAAGUCUCGUUCUGUUGAAGUCCCUCAUCUUCAUGAGAUUGCUCCACUUACCUUCCCUUUCUUAAACACAUGGAAGCAGAAAUACGGUCAAAUGUUCUUAUUUUCCAUUGGAAGCAAUCAAAUAUUGUAUGUGGACAAACCUAAGGUAGUGAGAGAUAUAGUUACAUGCGCAUCCAUGGACUUCGGCAAGCCUAUUUAUACUCAGAGGGAACUACGACCUCUGCUUGGUCAGGGCAUUGUGAGUUCCAAUGGAACAACAUGGGCCACUCAAAGAAAGAUCCUUGCUCCAGAGUUUUACAUGGAAAAAGUUAAGGGUUGGAUAACUAUAAUAGGUGAAUCUGCUAAUUCUCUGUUAAACCAGUGGAGUAGUAUCAUAGAGGCACAAAAUGGAACUGCAGAUAUAAAAGUUGAUGAUUACUUGCUAAGAUUUUCUGGGGAUGUUAUUUCAAAAGCAUGUUUCGGUAGCAACUAUUCUAAGGGAGAAGAAAUUUUCUCCAAACUUUUAGCACUGCAGGAUAUCAUGUCAAAAAAUGUCUUCAGUUCAAUGAUUCCAGGAAUGAGAUACCUUCCAACAAAGAACAAUAGAGAAGCAAAAUCACUAGAAAGAGAGUUGAAAAAUUGUAUACUCGAAGUGGUUAAGCAGAGAGAGAAAUCAUGUCAUCGCAACAGAGACUUUCUGCAAAUGCUUAUUGAGGCUACCAAAAACAGUGAUCUCACUCAAGAUGCCACUGAAACCUUUAUUGUUGAUAACUGCAAGAAUAUAUAUCUUGCAGGUUCCGAAACCACUUCACUUUCUAUAGUAUGGUGCCUUAUGUUGCUGGCUUCAAAUCAAGAGUGGCAAGAUCGUGUUCGCGCCGAGGCACUAGAAAUUUGCAACGGUAGAAUUCCGGACUCUCAUAUGCUCAGUAAAAUGAAGCAGCUAACAAUGGUUAUUCAUGAAGCACUACGCCUUUAUCCACCGGUACCUGUGAUUCCAAAAGAGGCCUUAGAGGACAUGGAACUUGGCAACAUCCAUGUCUCAAAAGGUGUUUCAAUUUGGAUUAUGUGUUUGACCUCACACACAGAUCCAGAAUUAUGGGGAUCUGAUGCCUAUAAAUUCAAUCCAGAGAGGUUUGCAAAUGGAGUCAGUGGUGCAUGUAAAUUGCCACACAUGUACAUGCCAUUUGGGUUUGGUGUAAGAAUCUGUCUUGGAAAAGAUUUGGCUAUGACUGAAAUCAAGAUGAUGUUAAGUCUUAUUUUGUGUAACUUCACUUUCACCCUUUCUUCUAAGUAUAUUCAUUCACCUGCUAUUAAGUUGUUAUUGGUGCCCCAACAUGGAGUUCAUUUGUUGGUUAAAAAACUAUCAACUACUUAACUAGUUAUGAUCCUCAUCGUCGAUAAGUUUUUGGUGGUGUAUGUCGUAUUUUAAUAUAUAUUUUAUAAGAGCAGGUGUGAUAUUUGUCAAUGUAAUAAAGACUCUAUGUUAAAUCGUAAAAUUUAUGAACGUAAUAAAUAUUCUAUCUUCU